AUGGCAAGUGACAAUUUGCCUUUUCCUGAAUUGGUAGCUGAUGCAACAUCUGCUGAGGUCCGCUUGAUCUUAGGAAUUCCAUUGGAGCUACCUCUCGAGUUACGUCGCAAAAUUUGGCAUAUCUAUCUUGGUCCGCAGCUUGGCCGGAUUAUCGAGAUCGAGUGGGAUUCGACUCAUCCCGUUGACAAGCAUCAUGGAUAUAGAGCAACAAAGAUAUCUUCUCAGGCCCCUUUGGACUUACGGGAUCCUAUUUGUCGAGAUACUCGGAAUGAAAUUUUGAGAAAAUAUCAGCUUUGGCGUUUCGAUAAUCGUCCUGAAGGGCAUGACCCACCAUCUCGACUUACGUAUUUUGACUCUUCUAUCGAUACCAUCUACUUCGGUUACAGGACUUGUUUGGUAGAUGAAAAGGUCACAUUCCGCCCCGCUAGAUACAAUGGCGCCCACCAGCAACGAAGAGACUUGCAUAAUUUAAGAAGCAUUAAUGAGAUAAGACUUGGUCAAUCUCAAUUCCAACACUGGACAGUACAUAGCCAGCCAAAAUUUCAUUUUGUUCGCUUAUCCGAACGCGCCGAACCUGGCAAAGUAUAUGACGACCUGGAAUUGAUGAGAAGUCGAGAUACCUUAUCCGACUGGAAACGUUACAAGAAAGAUGUAAUGAAAUUAUCAAGUCGACACUGUCGAAUCAGGAUAUCCUCUAGUCAUUUCCCUGUGCUUGAGUUAUAUGGUACAAAAGAGGCAAACUUCUCUGUGAAGAAAACCAUCUUGCUCAAACCGGGAACUAUUGACGAAGAAAGAAAUGGCAAUCACUUUCGUGCAUUCACUGAUGAUAUGUGGAAUGACUGGAACUUCAGGUUCGGGUAUUAA